CAUUCUCUGUAUAUGGGCGCACGCUCUGCCAGGUGAGCUACCCAGGCACUCGAUCUCCCCCCUUUGUUUGGGCCUGUGUCUGUGCCUUCCUCUACCUUUCUAAAUAUUUAAAGCCUAACUAGCUUUCAGUGUCUGGUUGCAGUCUGUAGAGAAACAGCAGUCAGUAACAACAAUGGCCCAGCUUGUGUCUUCCCUGGGGCUGUUCUGCCAGGUCAAUGCAUUCGCCUGCCUGCUUCUCUGCUACCUGCUCUACAUUCUGCUGGGUGCCGUGGUGUUCACAGCGGUGGAGAGGCCACUGGAGAAACAGCUGCGAGCCGAGCUGGAGGAUGUGCAUGGCUCCUUCCUGCAGGAGAACGUCUGCGUGCAGCCGGGCAGGCUGAGCCAGCUGCUGGAGAAAGCUCUCGCUGCUCACCAGAACGAUGUGGCUGUUCUUAAGGCCGAGGCUGAGGACGCAGGCUACGACUUCACAUCGUCCCUCUACUUUGUCAUUGUCACUCUGACCACCAUGGGUUCUGACUCUUACACCCCCAAAUCAGACAAAGCCAAGCUUUUCUGUAUCUUCUACUGCGCCGUGGGGAUCCCCCUCACCCUGUUCCUCCUCACCCUACUGUCCAACCUCCUCCUCCAUGUGGUCACCCACGCUCCUGUCCAUCACCUGCACACAUACUGGGGUUGGUCCUACAGCCGGGCCAUCAUGCUCAAUGCCGCUCUCCUCUCUGUGCUUGUCCUGUCCCUCCUCUUCCUCCUCCCCGCCCUACUGGUCUGUCUGCUGGAGCCAGACUGGAGCUUCCUGGAUGCUCUUUUCUUCUGCUUUGUCAUCCUGAGCACCGUCGGCCAGGGAGAUAACUCUCUGGGGAGAACCUGGGGCCCGGCAGCCAAGGAGACGCUCCAACUCCUCACCACAGGUUACCUGCUGGUGGGCCUGGUGGCGAUCAUUACCCUCAGGGAUACUGUCCUGCAGGUUCCCCCGGUCCGUGCUGUGAUGAGGUUUUUCUCUGCUCCGCAGUAUGCAGAGCUGGAAGGUGAUCUCAGUGAACUGACGCUGAGUGAGGAAAACUGUGAGGAUGAGCCUGAGUACUCUCAGUCCGUCUGCACCAUCUCCUCCACUCCAUUAGAGCUGAUGAGCCCUCAGUCAGACACAGCCACAAACACCUGACAUUCACACAGGACACCAAACGGUCCAAGCCAUCAGCUACUAACUUAAAACUUGUUCGAGUCAGAAGUGUUUUCGUUUUUAUUAGUAUGGUAAAAAGUGUAUAUGCAAAUCCCUCGGCAAUUGUCAACACUGUCAAUUUUUGCUCUGUCCAGUUCCCAGUAUCUACGGGAACUUGUCAGCGCUGCAUUCUUUUGCUGCUAAUAUAUGCCCUCUCCCUCAAACCACUGACUCAGGGGAUCAGCACUCACCACACAUCCUCUUCAUAUAAUAUUAGCCUCAGUGGGACCAACACGAGGGAGGGUCUCUAAACUUUACAGAGAGAGUGUUAAGGGAUAGGGGGUCUGAAAAAAGGUCUAAAUCUGUGAUGUGUUAUGUUGUUAAUCUUGUGUCUAUCUCAAUACAAAAAGGUUUUUGUUUUUGAUCUGCAUUUUGUAGUGCUCGGUGUCAGUUCCAUAAAGCUGCAUUAAUUGGUUGUUUUUUACGGUGGCCGACAGAGGCAAACGCCCCGCAACUUCAGAAAACACAUGCAAAUAGACAAAACACAAGCACAUUAAGAAAACGGCUUCAUUAAUUUGACAACGCAUGUGCAGCCUUC